AUGGCACAAUGCCUUUACUUUGUACCAAGUCAAGUGGAACCAAAUAUUGUUGAGGAUCCAGAAGUUGGUGUAAUGGAAGGAUGUGUUGAAGAUUCAUAUGAUGCUAAGCAAAUUCUGUUGAAGUCAAUGAUUGCUGAAGUUGGUGAAGAAAUCAUUCAAGAAGUAUGGAAGAUUACCGAUAUGCGACCUGAAAACAAAAAGCAUAUAUAUUUCGUGGUGAUAAUCGAUUCCAUUUCUUACCUUUGUUCUUGCAUGUCUAAUAUAUCCCGCUGCAUUAUAUUUCGCCACUACUUUCGAAUAAUGAUGACUUCACAAGUUGCAGGAUUUCAAAUCCAAAUGAUACCUUCGAGGUGGUAUAUCGAUAAUCAGAAAGAUAAGGACGCAGCAGCAGAAACUUGUUGUUUUGUAAACACAGAAGCUGCUCAAAAUUUUUCGGGUGUAGUAUUCACUCCAAAUCCUUCUACUGUUCCUACAACCGUUACUAAUGCUUUACGUUGUGCGGCAAAGAAAAAGGUCAAAUAUGGAGAAGUAUGGGGACUUGCGCGACAGGCAGCUCAACUUUCUGUUGAACUUGACAGUCAUAAUGAAAUGAUAAUGUUAUUGAAUAAAGUUAAUUUACAUAAAAAUAUUAUUCAAUUUUUUGGUAUUACUAAAUGGACUAAAAAUAACGAAGAUAAUAUAAAUUCAGAUUAUUUGCUUAUUCUUGAAUAUGCAGAUAGCGAUACAUUGAGAAAUUAUUUAAAAAAAAAUUUUAAUGGAUUAGAUUGGGAUAUUAAAUUACAAUUCGCCGUUCAAAUUGCUAGUGCAGUCACCUUUAUGCACAAGAAAGAUAUUAUUCAUCGUGAUUUACAUUCUAAAAAUAUAUUAAUUCAUCAAAAUAUGAUUAAAAUAGCUGACUUUGGACUUUCACGUAGAAUAGCAGAAGUAUCAAAUAAGAAAAAUGUUAUCGGAAUGCUUCCUUAUAUUGAUCCACAACUUUUAAAUAAUAAAACAGAUGAUGAUAAAAAAUAUAAAGCAAACAAGAAAUCGGAUGUAUAUAGUGUUGGUGUACUCCUAUGGGAGAUAUCAUCUGGACUAAUACCAUUCGAGUCUUACGAUACUUUUCAUCAACAACCAAAAUUAAUGGUGGAAAUUUUAAGUGGAAAAAGAGAGACGCCAGUCGCUGGUACGCCAAUCGAUUAUUUAAAUAUUUAUAAAAAAUGUUGGGAAGAUAAUCCGGAUGAUAGACCAAAUAUUCAGCAAGUACUAUCUGAUCUAAAAUUAAUCAAUAUGAAUACAAAUGAAAUGGAAAUUUGUGAGAAUACAUUUGAAAAUGAUAUAACACAUAGUAGUAAUAGCGUUGAUAAUAAUAGUGAUUUGAGUAUACAUUAUUCAUUACAAAUUUAA